CGUGUCCUGGCCGCUGAUGUAAACAGAACAUACGCCUCGUACGCCGUCGGUUGAGUCUCUGAGGGCUGAAUUGGUGAGAUUAAUCCCGGUAACCGUCGCUGGUGCGUUUUUAAUAUGUGUUAAAGCGCAGCCCGGUGACGUCAUGGACUUCUACAUCAAUCUAAAGGUGAAUUUCAGGGGAAAUUCUAAGAAUGUCCUCCUGUCGGGAUCCGAGACCAAGAGCUGGGAGUCGAUGGAGGCCAUGGUGAAGCGAUCCUUUGGCCUCUGCAGCCUUCAGCUCACCUACUUUGAUGAGGAGAACGAGGAGGUGUCUAUUAACAGCCAAGUGGAGUACGAGGAAGCAUUGAAGAGUGCUUCAAGGCAGGGAAACAGACUGCACAUGAACGUGUAUGAGACCCGGGGCCAGCCAGCCAGAGUGUCCACCACCAAAGCCAGCGGGGCCGAGCCCAAGAGGGGCUUCAGACCUCCACAGCACUGCCCCACGCUGGCCCAGGUGGUCAGCCGAAAGGUUCAGGCGGCGGUGCCGGAGCAGGGAAUGGUGAUUAUGAAAGAUGUGAAAGGUACCAAAGAAGAAGACAAGACGCCCCCAGCCUGGUUCACCUCGUACAUGGAGAAGUUUAAGGACCAGGUGGUUCGUGAGGCGGUGGAGAAGAUCUGCAGGGAAUUCUCUGGCCAGUGCUGCAUCCACAAGCCCAUCGGAGGAGGAGGAGGAGGGGCAGGGACGGGGGGAGGAAGAGGGGAAGCAGUGGGUGGAGCAGAGGCCCAGCAGGUCCCUGAGGUGUCCUCCACCCUGCCUGGAGCACCGUCCUCCUCCACUCCUCCCUGCUCCUCAUGCAGGGGCCAGACCACGGGAGGAGGAUACCAGUGCAGCGUGUGCACCUCCUGCACGCUGUGUGAACCCUGCAGCUUCUCUCAUGAUCCCAGUCACAACCUGGUGAGAGCCAGAACUCCGCUGUCCAUCCCGGAGCACGGCUCGCCCGCCCCUGACCACAGCAAGUUCUACAGGAGAGGUGACCGCAGUUUCCGAAAGGCAGAGAAACAGCGACUGAAGGCAGAGAAACGCCUGCUGAAAGCCGAGGUCAAAGAGAUCCGCAAACAGCUGAGGAUGGAGAGGCGGGGCAUCCAGUGGAGCUCCUCCCACAGAGAUGGAAGCUCCUCCCCUGUUCUUCUGCAGCCUCGAGCCACGCAGCACAACAGCCCAGAGCGUCCAAAGCGUCCCUGUCCUCUGGUGGUUCCAGCUAUGACGGCCACAUUUCUAGAUGAGAACCUUCCUGACGGAACCAGACUGCGCCCGGGGACCAAGUUUAUCAAAUACUGGAAGAUGAGGAACACUGGUACCAUCAGCUGGAGUGCUGACACCAAGCUAAAGUUCAUGUGGGGAAACCUGGCAGUGGGAUCUGGGGACCGUUGGAGGGAAGUGUCCGUUCCCUUCCUCCAGCCUGGACAGGUUGGAGUGGUGAGCGUUGCACUCUGUGCUCCCACUGUGGAGGGCUCCUACACCUCCCACUGGCGUCUGGCCCAUGCUGGGGAGCAGUUUGGACCACGGGUGUGGUGCAGCAUCGUAGUCGACCCGCUUGCUCCUGCACCCAUGAUGGCUGAUGGAAUACUGGUGUCGCCCUGUGUCACACCACAGGGGAAGAAUCCAGUUGCAAAAGAUGGAAAAGGCACUGCCACUAGAGAUCAACCUUUACUGUCAGUGGAUCAAGAAGAGUAUUACAUCCCAUCUGUAGACCUGCUCACUGCACAGGAUCUUCUGUCAUUUGAGCUGUUGGACAUCAACAUCGUCCAAGAGCUGGAAAGUGUCCCAAACAACACUCCUGCUGACAUCACUCCGUGCAUGUCUCCUCUGCCUCAGGAUGCCCAUGUGCAGGACAAGAGCAGCCCCUCUUUAGGUCUGAUCCAGGAAGAAACAGAAGUCAUCAACAGCAUCAUGGACAUCCCCCACGGGUCAGCAUCUGGGACUGAGGGUGGCGGAGUCCCUGCACAGGAGGAAGGAGAGGAUGACAUCAGCGGGACUCAGUUUGUUUGUGAGACGGUGAUUCGCUCAAUGACUCUGGAGGAGGCCCCUGAUCACGCUCCUCUGAGAGGCCCCCGCUCCGCGACAGUGGCCCAUCUGACUGCUCAGAAUGGAUCUGACUCCUGUGCGAAGGGUAAGGCGGUAAAAGCGGACACCAUGAAGCCGGCGGCUGUCCUAAAGGCGUCGCUGCCCUCCCCACUGAGGGCCUCCCUACCCGCUCCCCUGUCGGUCACCCCAAACCCAGGGCCAGGACCCAGCUCAGCUCCCACCACCCCCCACGAUCCAGCCGGGGCCUCCGCGCUGCAGGAGCAUGAAGCCACAGGUGAAGUGCAGGAGUCCCCUGUAGAAAGCAUCUGUGUGGAGUCUGUGAAGGAGAGCGAGAGGGAGGCAGAGGAGGUGAAGGACAAGGAAGGAGCUGGGAAGAGAGAAGGCGCGAGGAGCCGCUCGUCCUCCACGUCUUCAGAGGAUUACAUCAUCAUCCUCCCUGACUGUUUUGACACCAGUCGGCCCCUGGGGGACUCUAUGUACAGCUCAGCUCUGUCUCAGCCUGGAGACAUCCCAGACAAGACCCCCACAGACCCAGACACUCCAUUCCUUGAACAACCAGGCAGCACGACAGCAGAAGGGGAGCUGGGGGAGGCCGAAGGGGCCGCAGAAGCUCCAGCAGCCGAGUUGUCUGGCACCAGCAGUGCCAACGACAUGCUGUGUACGUCUCAGACGCUGGACGAUGAGCCCCUGACACCUGAGGUGGUGGCUCCUCCCAAUGCCAUCACCACACCGAGUCCAGACAGCAGCGGAGGAGCCGAAGCUGGUGAUGGGUCAGAGGGGUCAGAGCUCUACCAAAGCGACACUGCCUCUAGUCCUGAACAGCACACAGCAGCAGAUGGAGCUGAAGCUGAAGCUGCGGAGGCCACAGCAGGCGACCCAGAGGAUCCCAGGCACCCGGGCAUCACCAGCGGCCUGGUGAAGGGGGCUCUGUCUGUAGCUGCCUCUGCUUACAAAGCGCUGUUCACUGGUCAGGGCCCCACACAGCCUCCGGUGGACUCCUCCACCCAGGACACCAUGAUGGCUGUACUGGUGGAGAUGGGCUUUGGGGACCGGCCGCUGAACCAGCGUCUGCUGAAGAAACACAACUACAACCUGCUGGAUGUAGUGAACGAGCUGGUUCAGAUGACCGACAAUGACUGGUACUCCACUCGCUACUGACGAGGAAAAAACCAGGGACGGAAGGAAGGCGUUCUACCUCCUUCCUUCUGCCCACCUCUCCUCUGACGGAACCAAUGAGAUGAGCCGUCUCUGGGAGAGCAUAGAAAGGAGCCACGUGUGACCUAUGUGUAGCAUUUGUAAAUAUUCCCACUUCACAUCUCCAUCAGCGUUACUGCAACCUCCUCUUCUAUUUCUGUUCCUCACUCAUUUCAUGAAGCUAGCUAACGUAGCGUUAGCGUUGAAAUGCUACACAUAGUGCCUUCCUGUGCAUCCUCUGUGCCAGGAGCAGUGAAGAAAUGGAAACGGCUGCACUGACAUUCUGAAUAGGAUCUAGCUACAGAUCACUUAGAACCAAGCUCGUUUUUUAGUUUAUUUAUUGCCACACACCAACGAUUAUAAUUAUAAAGCUCCAAUAAGCUUCUUACAGGCUGGUUAGUUCUAAGAGGUAACGGGUUGGUAGGUUCCUGCAAAGAAAGGUGGAUAAGGUAGAUAAGGUAGGGAACCUUGCCCUGUCUAUUACUGAUUACCUGGAUCAGGUGUGUUCAGACAAUCAGAAGCAGGGUCUGCAUCAGAACAUCAGCUGCUUGGCCCUGACCUGCCCCAAGGGUCCAUACAGUUAUAACAAAGUUAAGUCCAGUUGGUAGUGGGUAGUUCCUGUAACUGGAGAGCUUUUACACUGUCACUUUUUAAUUAGAAUCCGACCCUAAGCAUCGUCUGCACAGGAAGCCUCGAGGCACUGCGCUCAUUGAUGUUCAGGUUCAUCUUGUUGUCUCCACAUUUGUCUUAUUGUUUCUUGUCAGCAUCACUGGAACAUCUUACUGUACUGUCUGCGUAUCUGCUGUUAGGGAGUGACGUACGUGAACAUUCCCCUGAACGACUGCACUUACAUCUUAGCACCGAGGGACCAUUCACUGAAUGUAAAUGUAUUUUAGCUACUGUUGACUUUUCCCUCUCGCCUGCUCUCGCAGCAGGAACAUGUUCAUUCUGACAUACUUAAUGCAUAAUAAGUGCUGAAAAUAGGGUUGAAGAAAGAAGAUAACAUAAUUGCAGGAACAUCUGUGUAUAUGUAGCUCAUUGUAAGUGGGGUUAACAAUCUGAUUGUAUGGGUUUUAUUUUAGUUUUAACACGUCGGACCAUUGUUGAUUCUGUGAACAGGCUCCCAGAAGCCAAAGUUUCAGUUCGGACCUCACCUUUAGAGCCACCUCCUGCUUUAUAUUUGAUGGUUGUUGUUGUUUUGCUUUUAGUUUUGGGGGUUGGAAACUUUCACACACCUCAGCAACACCCUGUACUGUCCUUGAAUGAGGCACAGCGGAAUCCUUCUGGAAGAACAUGAAGCCUGCACAUAAUGGUUCCUCUUAGGAAGAGCAGGCGUCAGACUGGAUGUGUGGGUUUCAGGGAGCUGCUCUUUGUGGACAUCUGCAGAGUGAACAUGUGCUGUGGCUUUAAACCUUUAUCAGGAACCCUGCUGUAUAAAUCCAACCAACCCACCACUGUGAUGUUACAUAAAACAAAUACACGGUAACAAGUUUUAGUUAAAGUAGAAAUCACUAGAUGUUAAUUUGUAACAGGCCAGCAACAAUAUACAAGUGGCUACCAAACCUUCCUCAUAUAUAUUUGCAGCCCAGUCACAGGUUUGAUGUUUUUCCAGAAGAUGAGGCAGAGCACGUCACAUCCAGUGUACAUUAUAGUCAUUCCAAACUUAAUGAAACUGUCACAGACUGUGUCUGUCAAUGUGAAAUGUGUUUUUCCUUCCUUCACACAUGUAUGAAUAUAUACAGAGCUUAGCUGGAAGCAAAGACUGAUGGUUGACUCAUUCCUUCUUUUCUUGGAUGCUUGAAGGCUCAGACGUGUAAAACAUUAGAGCUGUGGAUGUUGUACCUUUAGGCUUCUUGUGCGGUGGUUGAAUUUGCUCUGCUGUGUGUGUGCGUUGCUGUUAUCCUUUGUAAGAAACGCUACCAUGUUGACUGAGUAUUGUUUGUUUGCACAUAAGAGGACUUGAAGGAUCUGAGGUUGGUGUUGACAGUCAUUUAAUAAAACAUGACUUGUUAUAAGA